UGUUUUAUUUGGAAGAAAGAUACGGAAUAUAAAAUACCUUCAUAGCCAACGCGGUAGUUAAGUUGUUGCCACCAGGUACAGUACCCAAAAUGAAGUUCAGUUUACGAUCAUUCGGCACUCACACGUCAAUUGAAGUGUCAUUGAGAGUCACAUUAUUCAUAAUUUUCUUGUUACUUGAAGAUGCAUCACCAUAUGAAAGAACCAUUCAUCAAGAGGAGCUGUGGUUGUAUAAGAAUCCUGUUUCUGAAGAUGAUACAGUACCUACUUGGUUGUUAUUUAUUAUGGCCAUUGGUGUACCGUUUGCUUUCAUUCUAUCCAAUUACUUUGCAACUCAAGAUAAAAACGACUUCAUGCAAGCUACACUAUGUUUUUCUCUAACUGCACUCUUAACUGGUACCAUACUUAACAUAUUGAAGAUAUCUGUUGGCAGGCCAAGACCUGAUUUCUUUUACCGAUGUUUUCCUUCUGGAGAAAUGACACCAGACCUUCACUGUAACGGAGAUGAGGAAGUAUUGAAGGAAGGUCGAAAGAGCUUCCCAAGUGGACAUAGUGGAUGGAUUUUUGCUUGCUUUGGCUUUCUCUGCCUCUAUCUCGGUGCAAAGCUGCAAUGCUGUAGACCAGCUGGUAGGUCUCAGGGAUGGAGACUCUGUGCAAUGGUAACUCCUGUUGUGGCUGCUUGUGUAGUGGCUAUCACAAGGAUCCAAGAUCAUAAACAUCACACUGAAGAUGUGAUAGCUGGAGGUCUCAUUGGCUCCCUAUGUGCCCUACUCUGCUAUCAUCAUUACUACCCUCCACUGUUCCACCUGAACUGUCACUGUCCUUAUACACCUGACAACAUAGAAAAUGGACUGAGUGCGAAGUCUAGUAAUGUAGUGAUAUCAUAACAAUCAUCAAUCUGUAAUUCUUUGGAUAUAAUAAUUGUUAUUUAUAGG